CAAAAAUUCGGGCAAAGUAUAAUUGGAAAUCAAAUUUAUUAAGACUUUUAAAAAUAAUUAUUAUUCCGAGAGGUUAUAUAAUAGGUAGAGAAGAUAGAAAUUUAUUAAGUCCCUUUGUACAAGUUGUUAGGUAUGAAAAAGACAAUAAUAUUUUUGAUAAUCCUGCGAUGGAAGCAGUCAUAGAUUUUAGAUGGAGGCAAGCAAGAAAUUAUUUUUUACAAAUAUUUCUCGCAUUUAUAGCAUAUGCGGUAUGUUUUGGUGUAAUAAGUUGGGCCUACAUGUCAAGACUUGAAGUCACAGGAAAUCUUAGGACUUUUUUAAUUUGUGUGAUGAUGUGUUUUUAUUAUCUGGCUUAUUAUUUAAUAGCUGUUGAAGUUAAGCAAGCAUGGCAUCAUGGUUUAAGAGCAUCUCUAAAUGUUAGCAAUUUAUUUGAUAUAAUUUCAAUCAUUACACCUUGCAUAGUUAUGUCAAUUUUUGUGGCAAGUUCAUUUCAACUUUCUGACGGAUUUGCAAAGGUUCAAACUAGUACAGGAAUUAUUGUUUGCAUUUCUUUUACGAUGUUAUUACUUUGGUGUGAAAUGCUUUUGUAUUUAAGAUUAUUAUCAGAAAUGGCUAUAUACAUUUAUUAUGUCAUUAUAAUAUUCUCUACAGUAUUUCCCUUUCUUAUAUUUAUGGCCUGUGUAAUCAUGGCUUUCGCUCAUGCCUUUUUCUUAUUAUUAUCAAAUCCAGACCUAGAUACCAUAAAACAAAAAACUAAUGGUUUCUCCGUAGUGAAUACUACAACACAUGAACCAAUAGAUAUGGAAAUGGAUUCGCAAUUUGAUCCUUCAUCAGCUUCAGAUAACCCGUUUUCAAAUUUUUUAUCAUCAGUUGAAGCAACAUAUUUCUGGAUUAAUGGUGUAUGGCCACAAAGAGAUGACUGGAAUUAUUGGGCCAUUGAAGUUUUAUCAUUAUUGGGAAGCGUCUUUAUAGUUACUAUAUUACAAAAUAUGUUAAUUGCUUUUAUGGGGUAAGUUACCUUUUUUAUAUUUUAUAUUGUCUUUAAAGUUGUUGUGAUUGAUGUUU